AUGGGAGGCGGAGAUGGAACAAAAACCAACGAUUAUAAGGAAAAACUUAAUAAAUUACGAGAAACUCCGGAAAAACUAAACGAGGAGGGCGAAAAUGAAAUAGCCGAACGAGAAAGAAAUUAUUAUCAAACUAAGGAUGAUAUUGAUGAAGACCGCCAAUUAGGAACCGAAAGAUUAAAUAGUUUGGAAGAGGAGAUAAAAAAACAAGUAGCAGAAUAUAAGGCAAUUGGCGAAAGAUUUAAGGAAAUUGAUGAAAAUGAGGAAUACCUUGAUGAUGAAGCAACCGCGGAUACUUCCCUAACCAGAUUAGAAAAAUUAGAAAUUGACUUAAAUUAUCUUUUAGACUUAAUUCCGGAAGUUAGCGAAACCCCCGCUAAAUCCCUCAGCGGUCAACCUUUAACCCCCGCUAAAAAGCAGUUUUAUACUCAAAAUGAAGAAAGUGUUGACUACUUGCGGUUGGUAUCACUCAAAAUAAAGUAUAUCAACACAAAAAUAAAUACCAUUACUGAAUUUGAAAAAGAUUAUAUUGAGAAUAAAGUUAACAACCAAUACUUUACUGAGAAUGCUAAAUUAGAAGAAUUAAAAACUGAAACAAGGCAUAAUGAAGAACAUGACCUAGAUGAAAAGUAUGUUAUUUUCGAAAUGAAAGAAUUUGUUGAGGUAUUAAAAGAGGCUUUAACUCUAUUAAAUAAUAUUAAGACAGCGGAAUUAACUAAUGAAAUAACAAUUACCGACCAAAAAUUGGCGGAAUUAAAGGCGGAAGAAACCAAAAAAAGCAUUAGAGCGAAAAUUAAAGAAGCCGAAGAAAACACUAAUUCCGCAUUCCCAGCGAUUAAUGCGGCCGAUGCCGGCAAUGGAGAAGAUAAAGUUCAUAGUUUAUAUGCUGGUGAUUUAGUAUUUAAUUUGAAAGAUUAUGAAAAUGAAGCGGUAGAAAAUGAAGAAAGAAUUGAAUUUGCUAACCUAGAAGCGACAGAACAAAAUAAAAUAAAUGAUGCUAAAACUCCGGAGGAAAUAAGAAAGGCUCGGAAGGAAAUUAUUGAAAACCGCCAAAACAUUCGCCAAGAGGAAAUUGCCUUGGUGCAGGAAAUUUCGGAAGUUUUGGCUAAAAAGGAAACCAUAGGAGGUGAAGAAGAAUUAUUAA